AUGGUAGACUGGACAAGCCCCGACAGUCUCUUUCUUCAAGCAUCCGCUCUCGACAAGGCACUCUUCGUAUUCAUCGGCGUCUAUUUCUAUGAAUUGAUUUGCUCCAUUCAAUUUGACUGGGUACUCAUCAAGACAGAUGAUUCACGGCGAUCCGCCCUAGCGAGAUGCGUGAAAUGGUUGUACUUCGGAUGCAGGUACUCGACUUUGGCCUCAUGUGUGGCUGUGGCGAUCAUCGGAGUACCUCGAGGAAGUCUCGACUGUUCAGUGAUAGUGAAGUUAAUCAAUUCAGGGGGGCUAUUUGCAAUCACCAGUAGCACGCUGCUUCUGUUUGUCAGAGUCGGUGUGGUCUGGAAAUGGGACAAAAGAGUCACAGCUGCCUUCACGGUGGCAUGGCUCGCAAUCAUAGGACUGGGUCUUCGCGGCGUGGUAAAGAUCGGCGGCGCGCCCAGCGGCGAUCCUUAUAGUCUUGCGUGCAGCCUAUCAAACGCGAUCUCCAACUUGCCGAACGUAUUUAGUACUAUGCUAUUAGACAUCGCCUUACUCGUGCUGCUUUUUGUCGGACUUGAGCGUUGGAACAACGCCCGUGUACACGGCCUAUGGCAUCUUCUCUGGAACCAGGGGCUGAUCUAUCUGGGUGUGGCUAUCAUCAUAGAGAUACCCCUGACAGUGUUCUUCUUUCUGAAUUAUAACGAGAUCGUAUUCCUGUUCAUCGAUCUGCCGUACAGUAAGUCGUUGAAUCACGGAAGACAACGCAGACCGCCACUAACGAAGUACCCUGGGACGCAGCCUUGGUUCUCGGCGACUCGUCUAUACCGCUCCCUAACGAGCUUCUCGACGACCAAACGCGGCAAUCUCACUUACGAGUCUACGUAUACGACGACUGUGGGUCCACAUCCGCCGCUGCCUCAGAAUGUCCAUGCGAGAUCCGGACUUCGAUUCGCGAAUCCACGACUCCAUUCGGAGGGAUACGAGAUGGAUAACAGACGCCUCAGCGCCCGGCCGAUUGAUCACCGAGUGGACGCUGAUGGUGUCCAGAUGUUGAGCGAAGCCGCCUGA